AUGCUGUAUACGGAAACCACUGUAGACUUAAAUAUCCAGUUUACGGCAAAAAAAAUAAUCCAACGUGGUCAGACGGCGAUCAACGCGACUAUUUAUGGAUACUCGUUCCCAUUGGGCCUUUACAAUGACAGCCUGUGUGCCUACACUCAGCCUGGCUGCCCUAUCCAAGCGGACGGAACCGUUUACAAUUACACGUAUGGGUUUAUAUUUCGCCCAGCUUCAUCCCGGUAUGCCUCGGAAAUAUGUGAUUCUCCAGUUUGUAUUAGCAACAAUUUGCUGCGAAUUUGA